UUUUUUAAACCCACCGCUCCCCUUCAGACGACCAGCGUUUCCAGCUCAAACAAAUAUCUUUUAACAACAUCACGUUGUGGAAUAGUCUGGCGCCGGAGCAUCGCUGGAACCAUGCCUCUUCUGCAGAUUUGGACUGGGAAAUUUCAUCCACCAAUUUGAUCAUCGGGAGGCUGCUGCUCAGUCAUUCAUGCCAGUGUUUGUUUUUUUAAGAGGAAGAAUACUUGUCAUCACUUUUAAAAGUAUUGUCUAUGCUGUUUUUUAAGCAAGAUGUCUGAUCUUCUGGUGUUGGUCGAGGGGCUCUGUGACCUGCACGGAUUUCCAUAGCCGGGGAAAACAGCGGGGGCCAAUUACGAGAUUUUUUUUAAAUCAAGAACCCUAUUUUAAUGAAGACAUCGCAUGCGUAGAUGUAGGGUAGAUUAUUCGACAUUUAAAAAAAAGGCAAUUAUAUUUUAAUUGCCAAUUUUUACUUUGUGCAUUUUCUGGAGGACCACUGGACUGGUUGGAUUAUAGAAACUAUAUAUAAGGAUUUGUGGAGAUGUUGGGUCGUCAAGAAGAUAAAAUAUGUGGAAUUUUCUCUGCUCUGGCGGCUUUGUCCUUCUUCUGCUUUGUUCAAAGCUCUUCCACGGGAAGCACCGGAAUGUCUUUGGCCAAGACCACCGUGGACAAGUUGCUGAAGGGAUAUGACAUCCGAUUGAGGCCUGAUUUUGGAGGUCCUCCAGUCAUCGUAGGAAUGAGCAUCAACAUUGCGAGCAUCGACUCCAUCUCAGAAGUAAACAUGGACUACACCAUCACAAUGUAUUUCCAGCAGAGCUGGCGGGACAAGCGUCUGGCCUACACUGAGAUGAAGCUGAACCUGACUCUGGACAACCGUGUAGCAGACCAGCUGUGGCUCCCUGACACCUACUUCCUUAACGACAAGAAGUCCUUUCUUCAUGGGGUGACAGUGAAGAACCGUAUGAUCCGACUGCACCCAGAUGGCACUGUCCUCUACGGGCUGAGAAUAACCACCACCGCUGCAUGCAUGAUGGAUCUGAGGAGGUACCCUCUUGAUGAACAGAACUGCACCCUGGAGAUUGAAAGCUACGGAUACACCACAGAUGACAUCGUAUUCUUCUGGCAGGGAGGGGACACCGCUGUGACGGGCGUUGACAAGUUGGAGUUACCCCAGUUCUCCAUUGUGGAGCUCCGCUUGGUGUCCAGGGAGGUCGAGUUUACUACAGGUUCAUACCCGAGGCUCUCGCUGAGUUUCAAGAUUAAGAGGAACAUUGGAUAUUUCAUCCUGCAGACGUACAUGCCCUCAAUCUUGAUCACCAUCCUCUCCUGGGUCUCCUUCUGGAUCAAUUAUGAUGCCUCUGCAGCUCGGGUGGCCCUGGGUGUGACAACGGUGCUUACCAUGACAACAAUUAACACCCACCUUAGGGAGACUCUCCCAAAGAUUCCGUAUGUGAAAGCCAUCGACGUCUACCUCAUGGGCUGUUUUGUGUUUGUGUUCCUGGCCCUGCUCGAAUAUGCCUUUGUAAAUUACGUGUUCUUUGGCCGGGGCCCUGCGCAACAGAAGAAAAUCAACGAGAGGCUGAACAAAGCCAACAACGAGCGCACAAGAUACGAAGAGAAGCGCCUGAGGGAACAGGACUCCAUUUCCGCGUCGUAUCAAACCAACACCUUCAGGUCAUUUACACAGCGAAGAAAUCUGUAUCUCGAGGAACAAAGAAAAGUUGGGGUGGAUGCUUAUGGAAACAUCCUCCUCACCACGCUGGAGAUGAACAACGAAGUGAUGCCUUCGGACGUGGGGAGCAGCGUCAGUGACUCUCGGAACUCCGUCAUGUCCUUCGACAGCUCCGGGGUCCAAUUCAGGAAGCCCAUGACUCCCCGAGACGGCUUCAGCCACCACUCGCUGGACCGGAGCGCCAUGCGUAACCGUGCCAACUGCCGGCUACGACGACGAUCCUCCAAGCUCAAGUUGAAAAUCCCAAACCUGUCAGAUGUUAGCACCAUUGACAAGUGGUCCCGGGUCAUUUUCCCAAUCACCUUUGGAUUUUUCAACCUAAUCUACUGGUUGUACUAUGUGAAUUGACGUGCAUCCCACUAGGAAUCAUGGGCCAUAUUUUGAGAGCACAUUAAAUUGGCUUUGAUACAGUUCCAAAAUAUGUAUACACAUAUACAAGUUGAACAUAUGUAUAUGCAUAUUUAUAUAUAUUAUAUUUAUAUAUACAUGUGUGAAAUCCGAAGGACCUUUCUGCUGUACAAAGUAUUAAUAGGAUGACUUGAAUGUUUAAGAGUAAUUGUGAGAGAAGAAUUUCAAGGCUUUGAGUUUCUUUUUGCUCCCGGAAGAAACAAACAAACACACAAACACGAGAUCCCACCCGGGGUUUUUGGAACUAAAGACUGCAUGAUAUUUUUGCUAAAAAAAACAACCAACAACAACCACAAGAAAAAAGAGAAAGUGAAACUCUUGAGAGGGGAAAGAUGUCUCAGAGUCCCAUUGACUUUUUAUUGAUACUUAUUGUAAUCAGAAAUCCUCGACUGCAGCUCUUGAGAUCAGUGGUGGCUCGUCUGUUCAGGCAUCAGCUGAGUGAGA